AUGGAACAACAAGAAUUGAAUGAUCUCUGUGAGGUGUCUGGAUAUGCAAAACGAAAGCUACCAUUUAGAUAUUUGCGUGUACCCGUUUCAGCAAAAAGAUUAUCGCCAGGAGAUUGUGAGAAAUUUAGGCAAUCCUCUGGAACUGGCAUUGAUGUUUCCAUGUUUGGAGAGGCAGAAUUGUGUAAUGCAGAUAUAUAUGAGCUGGCGGUGAAGGCAGAGGCAUUGGAGGAUGGAAAUGUGUCCACAAAUUUCCAGAUUACUCAGGCAGUUUUUGAAAAGGAGAAAGGCAAAUUCAAAAUUAGGGUGGUGAAGCAAGUUAAUGGCAUGCAGUAUGAAUUGCAAGAGAUUUAUGGCAAUGGGAAUUCAGUUGAUAAGGACUUUGAUGGAAAUGAUAAUGGGAAGGAAUGUGUUGUUUGUCUUUCUGAACCUAGAGACACUACUGUACUUCCAUGCCGACACAUGUGCAUGUGCAGUGGAUGUGCACAAGUUUUGAGAUUCCAAACAAAUCGUUGUCCUAUUUGUCGUCAGCCAGUUGACCGAUUCUUGGAGAUUAAGGUCAGCGAAGCUGCUGAAGAGUAA